CGGUUUAAGAAUGACAGUACUAAGGAUGACCUCCCCGGUGACGCCUCCAUCGAGUAGUCCAGGUUCGAACGAGGCACAGGCGCCCCAGGCGACGUCGAAACCGGUGCAUCGAUUGAGCUUCUCCGUCGCAGCCCUGUUAGCUGACACGAAGAAGUCAGACUCGAGGCAAGAAACAUCGUCGGUGUCGCCGAGAUCAUCACCGGUCAGACAGGAUCAUUUAACGAUCACGUCGAACGCCACGAUACUCAAGUAUCCAGGUGACUACAGAUCAAGGUACCUGUCAGUGUCUCCGACUAUCCAGGAGCACAGACCUCUUCGGUACACCUGUGACACCUCUAGAACCACUUUAGAUGCUAGAAUACUGUCGAGGUUCUCCGAGGCGGAAUUAGACAGGGUAGAAUCGCCCAAUCAACGCUCGAAAACCCUCGACUACUUGGUCCAGACGUCGGACUCAGGAUCCACGUCGGAGUUACCUUGUUCCUCGUCCCCCAAAGUCCCUUCGGCCGGUCAAUCGGAGUUCGCUCCUCAAUCGCCGAGAAGCAGCUCUCACGAGGCUCGAUCCAGAUGCUCGGAACCCGAAGACAUGGAAGAGGAGGACGAAAACAGUCUGGUGGACGUCGAAGAUCUUCAGCAUCAACAGUCUGCUACCAGUCCAACGCCUGUUAGGCCAACACCGGCCUACAUCGGUGGAUUUUCCAGCCUGGGCAGCAUCUCCGGCAUCCCAGCUGGUCUUCAUCCAGCGGUUUGGGGCGGAGGACAUCAGGGUGCAGCCGCAGCCGCAGCCGCAGCCGCCGCAGCAGCCACCGCGAGCUUCUUCCCCUCGCACUUCUCUCAUCACGCGCCUCUGAACGAGAACGGAGAACCGGCCAAGAUCAAGUGCAACCUGAGGAAACACAAGCCGAACCGGAAGCCCAGGACACCUUUCACCACGCAACAAUUGCUCGCGCUCGAGAAGAAGUUCACCGAAAGGCAAUACCUCAGUGUCGCGGAGAGGGCCGAGUUCUCGUCCUCCCUUCAUCUCACCGAGACACAGGUGAAGAUCUGGUUUCAAAAUCGUCGCGCCAAGGCGAAGCGAAUGCAGGAAGCGGAGAUCGAGAAAUUGCGGAUGUCGGCGGUGAGACAACACCACACGGCACUUUACGGCUCUCAUCCUGGCCUUCUCACACCGGCCAGUCUCUAUCCCGUCGGAAUGCUGUCUCAUCCUGGUCUAACGCCGCAUCAUCCGAUCUCUCAGCAUCCUUCCAGGGACUGAAAGCAACGAGGAGAGUCGGAACUUGGCCACGAACGGUAGUGAACCGUCUCUGUUCACCUCUGAACAAAACGAUAUCGAUUUUCACGUUGAAAAUCCGAUCGCAGUGGACGCAAUUCUCGUCCCCCGUGAUUGUCGAGCGGGAAAAUCGAGAGGCAACGAGAGAAAACCGAGGAAAGAUCGGAGAGAGGUGUCGGGAAACGAAGGAGAGAUAAAUCGACGGAUAGAGAAGAAUUUGUAGGGUUCGAGCGGAAUGUAUGGAAGAAGAGUGGAAGUGAAACUAACGAGAAGAGAAAGAAGUCGAAGUGAAGAUGGCUAGCUGGAAGUUGGAAUGGAUGUUGGGUCCAUUUAUGGAGAGUUGC